AUGUUAUCGCAGAUUUGGAAAUCGUCAACGUCACCCACACCCGUACCAUCGACUAGUGCCCGGACACCAUCACCGGAGCACACGGAACGCUUGGAAAGGAGUCCGCGAAGAAGCCCACAACAACAUCGUGCCCCAGUUCGAUUGGAGCAACAUCAACGUCAGCUGUCGCCAGGACCUUCGGGAAGUCGUCAGCUUGUGCCGGAACAUCGCCGUCAGCCGUCUCCUGGACCUUCUGGAAGCCGUCAGUACGUGCCACAACACCGCCGUCAGCCGUCGCCCAGUUCGUCUGAGAGUCGUCAGUACGUGCCAGAACAUCGCCGCACCUCGUCUCCCAGUUCUACUGGCAGUCGUCGAUCCGUGCUUGCACAUCGACGUCAGCUGUCCCCCAGUCCCUCUGGAAGUCGUCAGUCCGUGCACGUUGAACGUCGCCCCAUGAGAUGUUGCUUCUGUCGUCAGCAGAACCACUAUUCAGCAGACUGCAAUGUCGUCACCGAGCUCAGCGACCGAGCAUUGAGAGCCGUCAACGAAGGCAGAUGUCUUGUCUGUCUCUACCUCCAUGCUCCAGGUUAUUGCCGCCGCGAAACUAAGUGCCGAUUCUGUGGAUCAAAAUACCAUCAUCCCGCAGUUUGCCCCAGAAGCCUUUAUUUGGAACGUGACUUCGACAUGGACUACGAUGCCUUCUUCAACGACAUGUACGAGUUAUACCUGGACUACUACCGCCGAAGAUCGCAAAGCUAG